AUGAGAGACGAGACGACGCGUGACAUUCGGAAGCCACCGUCGUCAAGCGCCUUCUGGUCCUUUCUGGCCGCGCAAGGCGCGUCUCCCUUCGCAAAUGGCGGUUUCUUUGCAAAGCCCUGUAUUCCCGAUGGCCCACACUCUCUACUGGCACCGGUGCUCACAGUGAGCACUCUCAGCGGACACACGCCCAAGACGUCGGACGUGCGAUUAAUCGCAUUACGUGGAGCUCUAACCAACGACCAACCUCCAAAGCCAAUCCAGGUCGAGGAGGUCAGACUGUGUAUCUCACCCACCCACCUAUCACUACACAAGGCAACUCUCCCUAUGGACGUCGUUCUGACGUAUAGCCCACAGGAUGCCCAUUCCGUGACAGACAGGGACGAAGUGGAGGAUGUUGCUACAGUUGGAGCAGAGUGGAACGUGCUACGGUCGUGCUGGGACGCUUCCAUCGCCGAGCGGACAUUAAGCCAACUAUGUGAUAUUUGCCUCGUGGUUUCGAGCCGACUUCCGACAGAAUUGUGGGAGUGGAUAAUCGAUUUCAUCGCGGAUGAUGACGAGGACAACUACUACAUGCAACAACUCGGCCAAGUGUGUCGUGGAUGGUACGCCCGAUGUCGCUUUCGAAGUCAUGAGACACUUUAUGUGCGACGCAUGGACAAGAAGCAGAUUCAUCGCCUGAUAGGUACCCUGGAAGAGCACCCCGACCGAUGCCGUAACACCAAAGGAGUCCUGUUCGAAUUGGAAUAUGAGUCAAUUGGUCUUUUUGGGUCAUUUGCUGUGCGCAUGGUGCAAAAGCUCCCCCGAGUCGAACUUCUGAGAUUCGGGUAUUGCACAUGGAAUACUGGGCAACUGCACGCACAGAUCUUCCUCCAUAUCACUCUCACAUUUGGGUCGGUCACCAAGCUCGAACUCUUCGAUGUGAACUUCCCGUCUGCGGUUGUGUUUGGGCGGCUUGUGCGUGCGCUCCCCCGCCUCUCCUCCCUCGCAUGCCAUAGUGUGCAGUUCAAGAAUGGCUGCCAUGUCGCAGGUGCGGUGCGAGUGCCGGGCUCCCUUCGACUGGAUGCUGCCGAUCUGAAUGAUAGCGAUGAUGUAUUUGACGUCCUCGUAUCGGCCGGUACGCAUCUUCGGCAUCUCUCCUGCUAUGGAAGCGACUUGGAGAAGCAUUCGGACCUGCUCGCUGUGUCCGCCGAGUCGCUCUCAUCCCUCGAGGUUUGGCUGCUUCGCAGAGUCCCUUCAGUCAAUCUCACUGCCGCCGUCAACUUGGGUGUUCUGUCGUUGGCCUGCAAUCUCGAAGACAUCGCCACGGCAGCCAGUGUCUUGUCUCGCGCAUCUCUACCAAAGCUAGUUGAGGUCGUCAUUAGAUUGUGGCUACAUUAUUUGGAGAGACCUGUCUCCAUCCAGGAUACAUUGAAUAGCGUCGACAAUGACUGUUUCGUACAGAUGGACCGCAUCCUUUCUGGCAAGCAGUUCCCUACCCUCGGGAAAGUCACCUUUCUCCUUCGUUAUGUCGGGCUCGAGACUGUCAAAGAGGCGAUGGACGUCAUACCCGAAGGUUCUUUGGGAACACUGCUCGCAUCAAAGCUUCCAGCCCUCCAUGCCAGUGGUCGCCUCCUGACAUCUGUAACCGUCAAUAUUGACACCCUUCGGUCUCAGGUUUGGUAG